UAAUACCAAUGUAGUAGUAAGGUCAGUUUUGUUUCCUUUAUUCCAGAGUUCUAUUUUCUCUGUUUACUGAAAGUUGCUACACGUUUUUUAUUUGGAAUAUCAGGAAUGCAGCUUUGACAACAGUAUAAAUAAUUCCAAGAGCAGAGGGCUUUAAGUAGAUAUAAAGUAACUGCUGCUACACUAUACUGCUAGUGCAAAUAGUAAGCAGACUCCCCCUCUGAACAUUACCAUGGACAUUUCAGCUAUUACUUUCACUAUCUGUUCACUCACAUACUAGUUUUUACAGAAAACUAACAAUCUUUGGCCUGUUUUAUAGCUUAUUCUGUUGUUUGGAGUAAAACAAAUAUUUAACAUGAGUCCAUAGUUUUGUGUGUCAUAAUUAAAGCAUCCUAGCAACUAAGAAAGUGUGACUGUGUUAUAUCAUGGACAACAUGAAACCAGUUACUGAACAGACUUUGUAACUAGCAUAGUUACUCAUGGAAGCAUCUGUCAGUCCUGGCAGCUAGAAGCACAUUUCACUGAAUCCUUGAAGAAAGUCUUUCACCAACUUAAUAUAAAGACAUUUCUUAUAAAACAGCAACCAUCAUUAUCUAUGUGGUGUUUGCUGGGGACGUGCACCAGUGCAGCCACCCUUGUAGGGAUAUAGGUGAAAUAGGUAUAUAUGGAUGUUUGUAGGCAGUUACAUAGUCCUAGGAUCCUUCACUUCAAAGGUAUCCUACACCUAAAUUCUUGAUCCCAUCAGAUUCCAUACAGCAAGAGGUCUGUUAAACUGUAACUUUCUCCAAAACAGGUGCAGUAAAUGCUGCAGAGCAUGUACAUCUGCUUAACUCAGCAGGAAACUUUCCUAAUGACUAAUGUGGUGAACACUAUUUAUGGGCAAAACAGGGUUAGGAAAAAGGAAAUUCAUCCACUGUAUCAGAUUUAUAAACAAUUUCAGAUAAGGACUGCCCACAAUGGUGAAAAUAAAGGUUGUAAAUUGGGUCACUCAUGGCACCCUACUGAGCAAGCAAUAACCCUUAUGAAAAGUAAGAGCAGCAGUCAGCAUGCACACAUCACGAGGCCCUACUCAGCCUUGAAUGUUCUCAUGGGUGAUGCAGAAGAGGAAGUCCAGGGGCACAUGCAUGCAGCAUCAACAACAUACCCAAAUGAAAAAAAAAAAACAAUAAUCCAAAUGAAAGUAUAGUUUCACAAUUUGAUUUAGGUUUGCUUAAGCCUUACAUGUACAUUUGGUAGUAAAGACUUCUCAAGAGGAAAAGCUCCAAUUUGAGUGAUUUUCCAGAAGAUUUUAACCCCUAACCUACCACUGACAUGGUAUAAGGGUGAUUUUUGCUUCCGGUUCCCUGGUCUAUUCUCAGCAAUUACUCGCUUCAUACAGAUGUACGAUGUGGUUCACAAAUGUUGCGCAACUCAGAUUUUGCAGCUGAGAAAAUUCGUGGUUCUUUUUGCUUUCUUAAGAAGGGACAAAAAACAGGAUUUCCUGUCACUGAAGCAGCACUUACAGGAACCCAUAACAUCCAUGGACAAUGUAGUAAGCAGCAAAAAUUUCACUCAAAGGUGCACUAUGUGGAAAGUGCCCCUUCCCUCUCCUUUCCCCUCCCCCCCAGAAAUUUACAACACUUACCAAUUUGCUUACCAUAUUAGAAAACAGCUUACAUUGCAAGAAAUGUAAAGAGUAUAAAAUACAAAAGAAACUCAACCUAAAAUGGUAUAAGGCAUCAUAGCUGCAAUGCACACAGGGAAAGGUCAGGUUUGGCUACUUUGCUGUUUUCACUAACAGUCAAACACAUAUAUGUAACAAAAAUUAGCUCUCACCAAGGCCAAGUGGAAGGACAAAGCCAGGAAAAACAAGUGGGGAUUUUAAGUAAUGGACUCAUUAAUAAAAAGCCCACACAUUUCUAUUACAAAUAAACUUGAGCAGAUGCACAGAUACACAAAGCUUAUACACAGUAAUCCUCAGUGACAGAGGAAUGCAUAAGAACGCCCAUAAAGUCUUGCUGUGGCCUGACUUACACACCACAGACAUAUAUACAGCGCCUACAAAAACAUGCUGGUCCACAGCUUUAUGGCCCCUCUGCACCAGACCAAAACAUAAUUGCAGCUGUAUAUCUAUAGAACAGAACAGUGGAAGCAGACCUUUUAGGAAGUAGGUGUACGUGAUUAAGUCAUUAUUAUUUCCAGUACCACUAUAUGUCAAAGAAGAUACAUAAAACACAAACUGGCCUUAAUUGGAGGUAAAGUCAAUACCCAGAUCUGAACUUUUCUACUUAGAAACAUAAUAACUGCCUAUAGUAUUAUCCACCCUGUCAGGGAUCCUCUUACUGACAAGAAUCGGUAAUAGUUGUCUUAGUUGUUGUCUGAGGUAAAAAAUAGAUCUGCAGAGGUUUUAUCAUGGAAACUUUGCCUCCUAAGAUUAACUAAAGAUUGAAAAAGCCUCUUGUAUGCAAGUUUUAGGCUUGUCUGUGAUUACAGAAUGAAAGCAAAUAUGUACCCAUUAGUACACAGAAUGGGUUAAUAAUUCAAUGCAUCACAAAGCGGAAGGAAACCUAGGGGAAAAAAGCAAAAUGAAACCGUUCCCAUCUGAAGAUAUAUUACCCCAUUCUUAAUGAACUACUGAAGGCUUCAGUCGACACAAAAACUGCAAUCAUUUCCUUCAAAACAGUUUCUGUCAAAAUGAAUGGGAGUAUGGUCAGCUUCUCCAAUGGAACAUCAUUGAUCUGCCACAGAGACACCAGAAUUGCACAUGUGGUGUUCCCAGUCCUCUACACCAUCGUUUUCCUUAUUGGACUGAUACUGAACAGUUUGGCUGCUUGGGCUUUCUUCCAAAUUCAAAGCACAUCAACUUUCAUAGUCUACCUUAAAAACACAUUGGUUUCUGAUUCUAUAAUGACUUUAAUGCUUCCUCUUAAAAUUCUUACUGAUUCAGGACUAGGACCGUGGCAACUUAAAGCUUUUGUUUGUCGUGUUUCAGCUGUGAUAUUUUAUGAAGCAAUGUAUGUCAGUAUAGUACUACUUGGUCUUAUCGCUUUUGACAGAUUUCUCAAAAUUGCACGACCUUAUGGGAAGCUUUGGGUGCAAAAUGUCACAUCUGCAAAAAUUCUUGCAGGGAUUGUUUGGAUUUCUUUCUUCAGUGUCUCUUUGCCAAACAUGAUUUUAUCAAACAAAAAAGCCACGUCCCUCUCCGUGAAGAAGUGUGCUUCUCUGAAGAAUCACUUAGGACUGAAAUGGCAUGAAGCUGUCAAUUAUAUGUGUCAGUUUGUUUUCUGGGCUGUAUUAAUUCUAAUGCUUAUCUUUUAUGCAGUUAUUACCAAAAAGGUAUACCUGUCUUAUAGAAAAACUCAGAAGAAAGAUAGCAAAAGCAAACGAAGGACCAAAUGGAAAGUAUUCAUCAUUGUCAUAGUUUUUUUCAUAUGUUUUGCUCCAUAUCAUUUUUCUAGAGUACCAUACACUCUAAGUCAAACCCACCAGAGAAUGGACUGUAGCAUACAGAAUCAAUUAUUCAUUGCCAAAGAAGGUACUCUUUGGCUAGCUAGUACAAAUAUUUGCAUGGAUCCCCUGAUAUAUAUAUUCUUGUGCAGAUCAUUUCUAGAAAAAGCAUUCUGUGUUAAGGUGAAAAAAUUUAGAAGUACAAUUCAUGAAAAUCCAACAGUUCCAAUGGACACUAGAAUAUCAGCGUAGAUUCCUGAUUUGGUAAUUUGGAACUCUGUAAGUAGAAGGAGUGCACACAGCAGGCAGUAUUCGAUUCGGAUUUGGCCCGAGUUGGGGGACAGUGAUUCAAUUCACUGAU